UUACGAACACAUUUUAUAUAUAUUUAUGGAAUGUUGGAGCACAUUUUUUAUAUAAAAAAAUUCAUACAAGUUGAUUGUAACAUGUUUCUCCAUUGUUAUUUUGGUUCAGUUCAUAUAAGAGAUGGUAGGUUGUUAUAAUUCAUCUUCGGCGAAUGGUAGGGUCUUAUACAAAACAUGUUUCACCAAAAAGAAAGAAAACAAAAUGGUUUCUAAAAAGACAAGGCAGAAGCAUGUGAACUUCAUCCAUUAGCUCCACCGGAUAUGUUCCUCAAACUAUUACUCUCCAGUGGCUUGCAGUUACAAACCCUUUUAGUUCGCUAUAUAUACUUUACACAUUUAGAGAAACUUGCUUACAAAACCUAAUACAUUUCUAUAGAAUCCCAAGAAUUCAACUUUUCAUCAUCCAAUAUUUUUUCUUUCCGUAUCCCCCUUUUAGUUACUUGCAUUAAUCCUCAAAGAUGGGUAUUCAAUUGAUUGGACUAUCUCAUGCCAAGCAAAAGCUUCAAAGAAGCUUAUCAGCAAAAAUCGCAAGCCUCUUGGCCAUGUCGGGUACUAAUAAUGUCCCAAAGGGUCAUGUGGCCGUCUACGUGGGGGAGACUUACCAAAGGAAGAGAUUCGUGAUACCUAUAUCAUAUUUAAACCAUCCAUUGUUCCAAGGUUUGUUGAACCUCGCAGAAGAAGAGUUCGGGUUUGAUCAUCCCAUGGGAGGUUUAACCAUUCCUUGCACUGAAGAUUACUUCACUUCUCUAGCUUCGGUUCUAAGUGGUUCAUGAUAUGGAGCUCACUGAUCAUCACAAUAUUCAUUAUAAUUCUUAUAUACAUAUUUUGUGUAUUUUCUUUAAAUGUAUCCAAGGAAGUCGAGAGAAAAUUACUCGAGAUUGAGAUACUGUGUAUAAGUGAGUCUCUUUCAGUUUUGGAUCUUGAAAGAUCUUGUGAGUUAUUUUAACCAUUCUAUUUGUAAAUAAAAAACACUUCCUCAAAAAUCUUGUAUUUUCUUAACCAUUCCAUGAGACCUCAGCUUGCCUUUUCUACAAGUUAUAUUUAUGGAAGUAAUUCAUUUUUGAUCUGGAAACAACUUAAAGAGGAGCUAAAUAUUUUUAAAAUUUAUAAGAACGUUACAUCUUUCCAGCCAGUUUCUAAUUUAUUUAUUUUAUACAUUUAGGUUUCGAUUUACUGUCGCUCACGCUAACAAUAAUAAUUAAUAUAUAUAUAUAUACUAUAUAUAUACCAAAAUGAUGAUCAAACCAAAUAAAUACUAUUACUUAAAUUCGGU